UCCCCCGGCUCUCCCCGCGGCGGGCACCGGGCGGGCGGGGCGCGGCCCCCGGCGGCGGGCGCUGAGCGCGGGCCAUGCCGCUGCCGGGGGGGGCCGCCAGGGGCCCCGCUGCCGGUGCGGCGGCGGCGGCGCGGGAUGAGGAGCAGCAGGAGGAGGAGGGCGAGGAGGAUCUCCGCGACGGCGGCGUCCCCUUCUUCGUGAACCGCGGCGGGCUGCCCGUGGACGAGCCCACCUGGGAGCGGAUGUGGCGGCACGUGGGCAGGAUCCACCCCGACGGGGAGCGGGUGGCGCGGAGCAUCCGCGGCGCCGCCGAUCUGCCCAAGAUUCCCAUACCAAGUGUGCCUGCGUUCCAGCCGUCCACCCCUAUCCCUGAGCGCUUGGAAGCUGUACAGCGCUACAUCAGGGAGCUUCAGUACAAUCAUACUGGGACACAAUUCUUUGAGAUUAAGAAGAGCAGACCUCUGACUGGGCUGAUGGACCUGGCCAAAGAAAUGACCAAAGAGGCCCUGCCAAUAAAAUGCCUGGAAGCUGUGAUCCUGGGAAUUUACCUCACCAACAACAUGACCACGCUGGACCGUUUCCCCAUCAGCUUCAAAACCCACUUCUCAGGGAACUACUUCCGACACAUUGUGCUGGGGGUGAACUUCGGAGGGCGCUAUGGGGCACUGGGCAUCAGCCGACGGGAGGAGCUCAUGUACAAAGCACCCGUCUUCCGCACACUGAGCGAACUCAUCUUUGACUUCGAGGAGGCGUAUCGCCGCUGCUGGCACACUCUCAAAAAGGUGAAGCUGGGCCACUGUGUGUCCCAUGACCCACACAGUGUGGAGCAGAUUGAGUGGAAGCACUCCAUCCUGGAUCUAGACAAGCUAACCCGGGAAGACUUCCGCAAGGAGCUCGAGAGACAUGCCCGUGACAUGAGACUAAAGAUUGGCAAAGGAACUGGGCCACCAUCUCCCACCAAGGACAGAAAGAAAGAUGUCUCCUCCCCACAAAGAGGUCAGGCCAGCCCCCAUCGGCGCAACAGCCGCGGGGACAGACGGCCAUCUGGUGAGAAGAAGCCUGCCGAUUCCAAAGCCAUGCCAGACCUCAGUGGGUACCAGAUCCGUGUGUGAAGAGCGCUGUGCCUCGUGUGCCUGGCUCCACAGACUUGUUGCUGGCCACAACUGGGACCUGGAUCCAGUUGCAGUGAUUCUGACAAAAGGGACAGGGGCACAGGAGCAGAAAAAGUGCUGAUUGUCCCAGGUACUUCCUAGUGGGCCAGUCCCAGAGCUGGAUCCCAUGGGUCCCAUAGGAUUCACCUGCCUGUUUCUGGGAGAGGUGUCCAUCCUAAUUCAAUGAAACAAGUAUUUUACAAAAAAAAAGAAAAAAAAAAAGAAAAAAAAGAAUCUGUACCCUAGUGGGAGUUUGCUGCAGGAAGAAUAUGAAGGGAGUGGGGUCAGCACACUUGCUGACAAUUUUUUUUGUGUUGACAGCAACUAGAUGAAGCAUUUUGUUGACAGUACUUCCUCCCUGUCUGCACACAAGUCUUCAACCCAUCCAAGGCCUGCAGGGCUGAGGGAGAAUUGAUGCUGGAAUAGGAUGGCCACCACAUCCUGUGCAAAAACUCCUGGUUUUGUCAUUAUGAAUCCUUUGUUUAGCAGUGUUUUUGUGAGAGACAGAGCUGAAUUUGCUCAGCCUGAUUUAUUGAUCAUGUAGGGCCUCUCAUCUGGAGAAACCACAUCUCAUGUGUUUAGUCCUGCCUAUUUCAAAACAUUUCAUUGUCUGUGAAGCGGCAGACAGUGGGGUGAUGAUCUUCUUGACCCAUUGUGACACUGGUGAGCUGUUGUCGUAAGUCCUUUUGUGGUUGAGUGGGUCAGGAUACGCCUAUGCCAUUGCCAUAUGAAAACAGUCGGAGAGACCGCAAUCAUCCCAGCAGUGGAGGCGCGCAGGGGCUGGUGGGAAGCCUGAACUCUGAGUUCUCUCUUUGUCAGCCUUCUCUCUAUUAACUUCUAGUGACAGCUACUGUGAAAGCUUGCAGAAAGCACUGAAGUAACCGAGAUGUGAGUUUCAAGAGUAAAUAGUUAAAGAAAGAUUUUAAUGAUGUGAAUGGGUUUUAUAAGCAUUUUUCCUUUUCACGGGGGUCUCGCUCCUUCCUCACUGCAGUGUUAGUGCUAGAGUAACAGAGACCUGUUGGUGGGAAGCCCUGCUCAAGCAGAUUGCGGCUGCUUUCCUGACAGCUCAGCCUGGAGCCUCCUAAAAGUAGUUCCCCACCCCAGUCCUGUGCUUGUGUUCUGGCUCUUGGGACAGAAGCAGUAUUUAACAGUACCACUUCUGCUAGAGCUAAUGCUUUCUGCCUGCUUACAGCCUUGACCCUUCCUACGCUGCUUUUCAGGGGAGCGUUGUACUACUGAUUAAGCAGCGUAAUGCUGGUCAGAAAUGCGGAGCGUUGUCAGAGGUCUCUCUUUGAAGCCUGUGGCCUGGAAACCGUGGGGUUGCCAGAAGUCAGAGCAGCGUGGCCUUGAGGUCAUCUGGAUGUGUGAAUCCAGGGGGUGCAAAAACUGAGCUCGGGAGCGGAAGCAUCCUUGAAAGAAACUGAGUCUUAUUUUAUCACAGCACUGACUAGGAGCCAAACUUUCUGAAAUGUUACAUAUUUAAAUUCGUUAGAACUGGGCUUAUUCUUUCUUGUGAAUGUGUUAGAAACAUUAUGAAACUUCGCUCUACCAGGCUGUUUGUUGCUGUAUUGCUGUGCCAUACCCUCAUAUAAGCAGUGCUAUUUUGGUGGCAGAGAAUGGGUUCUUAUCCCCAAACAAAUCAGCUCUUCUGUCGAGUUAAACAGUGUUAAUCCUUGGAAGCGCCACCCACAAGCGACUUAACUCAGGCCUUAACAGAUUCCUAAUUGUACAUCGUUAAGCGUGAUGUAACUUUCAAGGCAGUAUAUCCACACCGCUGCAGUCCGUCCCUCCAAGCUCUCUUUGUAGCCUGUACUCCUCUGCUCUGCUGUACAACCAGGGGGACGAUCCAUAGUAAAGUGGCAGAACUUCCUGCUGAUCCAGGAUGAGGUUAAUCCAGAAGGGGAUGCCAGUUUCCACAGUGUAGUGCAACACUUGUCCCCUUUCUUGCAGUCCAGCUACACGCAACAAUUUGAAGUCAGACAGCAGGAGCAGCCCAGCACCCGUUUGGCUGUGUCCUCUGGUCAGUUUUGUGCGGCUAUAAAUUAACACACUUAGUGUCUGGACGCUGACAGUGAUGUUAGCGGUAAAGGUACCACAGUUACCUAUAAAUAGGAGUCACUUGGGAGCUCGAAACUGCCUUUGCAUAAUGUCUGCUCUGCCGUGGACUGAGAGUUCAGGUGCCACUGUGAAUCGUACGAUAAACACAAGCAGCAGCCAGCAGGGAAGGCUCUGUGUCAGGUUUUGUUAAAGUGAAUGAAAUUCAGCAGGGAAAAAAAAAAAAAGCCACUUGGAUAAAAGUAGGCUGCGUCCACACCAUGGCUUUGGUUGGUUGCUUAAUUAGUUAAUUCAGAGUAACUGGAAAGCUCUUGAGAAUAAUUAGUAGCUUCAUAUAGAGCACAUUCGAUAGCUGGACAGAACUGAGCCGUUUUAGUUGGAAAGGAGAAGUGUGUUGGGGGAAGAAAGACUUCAAAACAGAUGAGGCGAGUGAGGGGUCAGCUCCAAUCUAAAGAUGCUUUCUUGAGAGUAGGGUAAAAGGGAUGCUCAGCAGUGUUAGAUAACCAGGGUAGAAUGGCUUCAGACAAAAUGUUUCGUUUGACCUGUUAAUUAAGCACUUUCAUGAGGACGUAACUGAGGCCAAUAGCUUAGAAGACCACAUGAGUGGAUGUUUAAGGAAUGAAUGACAGGUAGAGUUCAAGGUCUCUUAAUCCUCAGCGUAGCCAGACAAGAAUAUCCUCUUUCAAGAUCUCGUUGCACAAUUAUGUACGUUAGGAGGCAUUUAAUUCUUCUCACAUAUCUCGUGUUGAUGACUUCUCAAGAUGGACACAGGAGCAGACACAAGCCCUCUACUAGGGCGACUAUUUCAAGCCUUCUGCUGUGUUUCUCUGUGGUAGAAUUUUUGCUCCUUACUAUUUCUGUAUCUCUAGUUUAGCAGAUGGUGCAAGAAAUUGGAAAAUGGCCAAACAAUUUUCCUCUUCUUGCUGUUGCUCCCAUCAUCUUUGUAACAAGAGGAAUCGCUUCAAUACAAAGCUUAGCUUCCUUGCUACCAAACAAGACAACUUCCCCCUGUGACUCAGAGGAUUGGUGCAAUCCAGUUUUAUGCUGUUAGAAACCUGAGGGUAUAAUGAAAGAUGAACUUUUGCACUUCUACUUCUUUGCACCUGCUCUGGCUUCUGGUCUGUCUGCCUUUAACCGUAAGGAAAAAUGCUGAAGAUGAGUCUUUUUCACUUCUGCAGUCUUUAGAGCUGCAGAGGAGGAAUGAAAACAAGGAACUAGACUGUAACUCUAAUAUUAGAGGCUGUGGAACAAAAAUGAUGGAUCUUGAGGAGUCCUAUUAAUUAUUUAAUGUUAAAUAUUAGUAUGAUCACUCGUGUGGCUCUGGGGUGCAGUUCCACUGUUCAGUAGGUCGCACCCGAUGUCUGUUCUGCAGUAUAAGUCCUUCUGAACUCUGUGGAAGGGAACUGCCUCCACACACGAGGAAUGCAGAGACACUGCCUGUGUUGUAGGGGAAGUCCAGGUGAGCUUUGGAAGCCUUGAACAAGUUCUGACCUACGACUAGCAAAACUAUUUUAAAUGUAAUGCAAACUUUGAAAUAAGAGUUCCUCUUUAUACUUUUAUGCAGACAAGUCCCUUGAUACCUGGCCAACUGCAGUUUUUUAAAUGGAUGAAUGGAUUAGCGAGCAAAACUUUCUGCUGUGGUGUCACUCUGAUAUGAACAUCAUAUGCUAAAGAGCAGGGUUGGGUGUCCAUCAGUCUGUGACACACUAGCCUUUUUUUAACUCUGAUAUGAUAAACUAAAUGAGUCUUUAGAAACUUAAGGUAAGUUAGCAAGUAUUUUAGCUGGGAGUGGAGUGUUUUUUCCAGUUGACUAUUUUACCUGUGUGCCACUGUAUUGGUCAAUACGUAGUAUGCUUGGAUCUACCAGAAUAAAUUACUCCAGAACUGUGGUGGAAACAUAGUUUCUGUUCAUGCAGUAGCUGUAUUGCUGUUAUUAGAUCUGCUUAAUAUAAAGAUUUAUGUUUUUUUAAAAGUAUUUCAGGUGAAAGCCUUAAUCAGGUGCCUGCCCCUUAAGGUAGGCUCAAAUGUGGUGGUGUAUAGACUGAAACGUGACUCUCCUUAAAACUGUGGAGUUUAACAAACCAUAACGAACAGAAGAAUGCUCCUGUUGCCAAAGGGCAAGAGUCUGGAUUUGAUGGGCUUGACUUUGCUCCAGUGGCUCUGGCUAAUCACUUCAGGUGGUUGCUUUAGCCACUUGCUCCUUCUAAGUCAAGUAUUUGAAGUGGUCCUGAUGA